UGCUUCCAGCCACAUAUACCAAACGGUGGUCAAUUCAAGAACGUACAAGAACCUUUUGGGGGAACGUGUCGUUCAGUACAAACCGUUGUUCAACGCAGUAAACGUUUAAGAGGACUGAACGCACCUCGCCCUGUCUUUUUCCAUUUUGUUCUCUCGUUGUUUAUCUCUGCUCUUUUAGAACGUUGGAUCGCAGAGGGAGUUGUAGAAGAUCAACAAGGACGACUCAGUAACUAAUCAACCUAACAUCAAUUGUUGAUAGUAGCAACUAGCAACAGUGAAGAAUGUCGACUAAAGAACGGGGCCUGGUUUAUCUCGUCACCGGGGGCUGUGGGUUCCUCGGACAACACCUGUUACAGGUCAUUUUGGAGAAAGAGGAUGCGGUAACGGAAAUUCGACUUUUUGACAAACACAUCGACUCAAGUUUAAAUGGCCACAGCACAGAGCGGGUGAAGGUGGUGGUGACGCAGGGGGACAUCACAGAUUACUCCAGUGUCCUGGAGGUGUCCAAGGGGGCAGACCUGGUCAUCCACACGGCCAGCCUGGUGGAUGUCUGGCACAGAGUCCCUGAGACAGUCAUCCAGGCUGUGAAUGUUCAAGGAACUGUGAAUGUGAUCAAUGCCUGUGUGGAGAAUGGUAUUCAGUAUCUGGUCUACACCAGCAGCAUGGAGGUGGUCGGCCCCAAUGUGAAAGGAGACCCCUUUAUCAGAGGUGAUGAAGACACCAUCUACAAUGUUUAUCACGAUAUGCCCUACCCCAGGAGCAAGGCCAAGGCAGAGAAACUGGUGCUGGAGGCCAACGGCAAUAAGGUGAAUGAAGGGGCCUGCUUGUACACAUGCUCCCUCCGUCCCACAGGGAUCUAUGGUGAGCAGCACCAGCUGAUGAGGGACUUCUAUCAGAUGGGUGUGAGGACAGGGGGCUGGAUCAUUCGAGGCGUCCCAAAGGACACGGAACAUGGUCGUGUCUAUGCAGGUAACGUGGCUUGGAUGCAUCUGCUGGCUGCUCGCUCCCUGAGAGAGCACCCCCAAAGGCUUGGAGGGGAAGUUUACUUCUGCUAUGACGACUCACCCUACAAGAGUUAUGAGGAUUUCAACAUGCAGUUCCUGUCUGGGUUCAACUUCCGCCAGUUCCGUGUGCCGCUAUUGGUGCUGUGGUUGGUGGCGUGCCUGAAUGACCUGCUCCGCUGGGUGCUGAAGCCUGUGUGCAGCUACACACCAUUACUCAACCGCUACACACUCGCUGUGGCCAGCACCUCCUUCACAGUGGGUUCAGACAAGGCCCAGCGCCACUUCCAGUACCGCCCCCUCUAUGACUGGGACCAGUGCAAGGCCCGCACACAGAGAUGGGUGGACACCUUUCCCUUCGCAGGCCCCAAGGACUCCUGAUCUGGGCUGGUCUGGCGGAACCUUGUCUGGGCUAAACCGAUGCACCACACAUCAUAACCCUGGAUGGAUGGAGGAGUGAGAGGACUUUCUCAGAUUUAUAUUCUCACUAUGUUUGCUCCAUCAUAAGCAGUAUUAUCAUUACACGUAUGCAAACAAACUCUUGACCCCUGAACUCUUAAACCCUGAACUAUGACCUCCUGCAUGUGUUUUUCAAAAAUGGUUAUGUCCUCCUACCUGUCACUACUUGUGGCUAGGCUGUAGCUCCUCAGGCAAAAUGAUGACAAGGCAUGUUCCACACUGAAAUGUUCACUUAUCCAUCCCAUGAUCUUCUGAUUCACAUGAGAUGCUUCCCAGCCCUAAAUAUAAGAUAUUAUAUUGGAGAUUCAAUAUAAAACGUUUGGGGCUUUAUUGGACAUUGCAAUAUUCAUCUUUUUUUUUUUUUUUUUACAGUAUUUUUAUUGGAAUUUCACAAUUUUCACCCAUAUUAAAGAGAUACAACAGAGA